AUGCGGGAGGAGCCACAGCACAUGAAAAAGGUUGCUGUCGUCGGCAGCGGCUCUGCUGGAAUUGGCGCCUUGUGGGCCUUGAACAAAACAUAUCACGAUGUCUACGUCUACGAAGCUUCCGAUAGGCUUGGCGGUCAUACAAACACGGUCGAUUUCAGCAAGGGAAAGUUUUCGACAAAAGUUGACACCGGUUUUCAUGUCCUGAACGCCCAAACAUCUCCCAACUUUAUCCGAUUCCUGGAAAAGCUCAAUAUCAAAACCGCCCCUACACAUUUAUCAUUCAGUGUAUCUCGGGAUUGUGGCGCCCUUGAAUGGGCUGGCUCCAGUUUGACUUCAUUAUUCUGUCAAAAAAGAAAUCUUCUAUCACCGCGCAUGUGGAGGAUGCUGUUUGACAUUAUUCGCUUCAACCAAUUUUCCAUCGACCUGUUAAGCAGAGAUGAAGAUGACAUCGCCAACCUUGAAGUAAAGAGCAAGCCGGUAGACUCCGUUGGUUACGACUUGACUAUCGGGCAGUACCUGGACCAAGAGGGCUAUUCGCAAGCCUUUAGAGAUGACUAUCUUCUCCCAUUGGCGGCGUCAAUAUGGAGCACGAGUCCAGACAAGUGCGCCAUGGAGUUCCCUGCUCUGACAUUCGUUCGCUUCCUUUGGAAUCAUCGUCUGCUGUCAACAUUCGCUUCGCGUCCACAAUGGCUGACAAUAGAGGGAGGUUCUCAGGCAUACCUCGACGCCGUGAUGAAGGGUUUCCCUCCAAAUCACUUGUUCCUCAAAACGCCUGUGAGGCGCGUUACUACCGAAAGCGACGGUCAGGUUCGACUUCAUCUGGAGAACGGCACAUCAGCUCUCUAUGAUCACGUCAUUCUUGCCACCCACGGCGACGAAGCAUUCGAUAUUAUCAAGUCUUCUGCCACCGAGCAAGAACGUUCCAUCAUGUCUUGUUUCAAGACAUCCCAAAACGAAGUGGUUCUGCACUCAGAUCUAGAUAUGAUGCCCCGGCGUAAAAAGGCCUGGGCCAGCUGGAAUUACCUCACCCUAUCGUCACCAUCAUCGCGAAAGGCAAACAUCAACCAGGUCUCGCUCACAUACAACAUGAACCAUCUCCAGCACAUUCCCCGAAACACCUUUGGAGAUGUCUUGGUUACCAUGAAUCCGCUUAGAAAGCCAAAGGCAGCCAAAACACAGGGACGAUUUUAUUACUCUCAACCGAUAUACACAACGGCUUCCGUCCGGGCACAGAAACUUCUCAAGCAUAUCCAGAACAGCCGAGGUAUUAGUUAUGCCGGUGCCUGGACCAAAUACGGUUUCCACGAGGACGGCUUCAGCAGCGGACUCGAGGUUGCCCAGAACCAUCUCGGCGCGAAGCUACCAUUCCCGUACACCGACUCUACCCACAGCCGUGGUAAGAGACCUCUCCUGGGGCUCUUCGACCUUAUGCUGCGCUUGGCCAUAUUGAUCAUCCAAGUCUUUGUGAUUCAGAUACUUGAGCGCUUGACCGGUAGCGGUGUUCCCAAGCGUCAACGGAUCGUGAAUGGCAAGAGUGCAAGGUUCGUAAACGGCAAGCAUCGAUAA